AUGAACCCUACACCUCCCAUGUUGGGUCCAUUCAUGGACAUGAGCAAAUCUGACGAUGCCCGCAUGGGCAAGAUUCUGGCGUCGUCAGCCACGGGAACAAGCUUUUUGAUCUUGAUUCAAUUGGCGUCUAGGAUCUUUACCUUUGCCUCGAAUCAAUUGAUUUUGCGCACCCUUUCGCCGGUCGUGCUGGGAAUAGCGGCACAAUUGGAGCUCUUCCAAGUUUCGAUCCUGUAUUUCUCGAGGGAAAGUAUUCGGAUGGCCAUCCAAAGGCAGCCUAUUCCAUCUUCGCCCGACUGCAAAAAUCCUUCUCCUGAUGCAGAUACUGCAACGUUCGAUUCGCACUCUGUGGCAUCUCAGACAGUAGUGAACAUGUCUUACUUGAGCUUCGCACUUGGGUUUCCUUCCAGCCUUAUAUUUAGUAUGUUGUACCAGCGUUUUGUCCCCGAGGAAGCAUCAAACACCGCCUUCUUCUACCACAGUAUGGUCUUGAUCGGGGCUGCAUCUCUCAUGGAACUCAGUAUCGAGCCUUUUUUUUCGGUAGUACAGCAACAUAUGCUUUAUGAGAAACGCGCUGCUGUUGAAAUGCCAGCGGCAUUUUUGAGAAGUGCGGUGACAUCCUCUGCCUUUAUAUACGCCUCUCAAGUCAACUAUGACCUCGGUGUGUUACCAUUUGCUCUCGGUCAUCUCAGUUACUCGUUGGCCCUCAUUUGUGGCUACUCGCUAGCCCUACUCAGAGGAACCAACGCAUCCCGGUUCUCUUUCUUAUUGACACGUAUACAAUUCAGAGACCCCUCCAACUACUUGCUAGGACGAUUCUCGCGCCAGUUAAUGUCACUUGCUGCAAAUGUCUUUUUUCAAUCUCUGGUGAAGCAUUUGCUCACGCAGGGCGACACUAUGAUGCUUGCAGCCCUUUCAGGGCUAGAAGAUCAAGGCAUAUAUUCUCUUGCAUCAAACUAUGGUGGGCUCAUUGCACGGAUCAUCUUCCAGCCGCUGGAGGAGAGCAGCCGAAACUUAUUCUCAGCCCUACUCAUCUCCGAUGAGAAUGGAAAGCCGAAGAGUGUCCAUAUCAGCACUACCAGAGACCACCUCAUAGAUAUUCUACGCGCGCCCAUUGAUGGUUCCUCAAUUGCUGUAUAUCUUGGGAGGCCGUCAAUGGGCUUCCCCAAGAUCGGGGACCUGCUCUCUGUCUAUUGCUACUACAUUCCAUUUUUGGCAUUUAAUGGGAUCACCGAAGCGUUCGUAUCAUCUGCAGCAAGUUCGCAACAGAUACGGAAGCAAACGGCGUGGAUGGGUGUCUUUUCCGCCUGUUAUGCCCUAGCGGCCUAUAUGUUCCUAGAAGUUGGAGACCUGGGUGCAUAUGGAUUGGUCCUGGCCAACAUUGUGAACAUGAUGGUUCGAACCUGUUGGAGUUACAGUUUUAUCAAAUCGUACUUCCAUCGAAAUGGAUGUAGCCUGAAUACGAGUGAAGUGGCCAUUCGACCUGCUAGCUUCUUUCUGUGUGCUCUGGCAAGUUUGCUCUUGCGUCGCGGAUUUGGCCUGAAACUGGGAAUUAUCGAAGCAUGUGCCUUAGGUGGCACCUACACUCUGCUAAUGUGA